GAGUCAAAGUCGGAAGUAUUUGAUCUUCAUUGAUUUUCUGCGUCAGUGCUCCUACCUGCUCCACCUUAUCGAUGGCUUCAUUGGUGUGCCCGUUCUACCAGCCCGCUAAACUGGACAAAGCCGUCUCUUCUCUGGAUUGGCUCCUGGGUAACUGGGAAUCAGUCGAGCCCGGAAAGGGGUCCUACCCCAGCCUGAAGGACUUCCGCUACACGGAGGAUCUUCACUUCGCCCAAAUGGGACAGCCCAUCAUCAACUUUAUGUUCAAUGCCUCCGAUGCAGAGACGAAGAAGAUACUUCACAGGGAGUGUGGCUUCAUCCGAAUGCAGACGGGCACCAACCGAGUGGCGUUCAUCAUCGCACAGAACUCUGGACUGGUGGAGGUUGAGGAGGGGGAGCUGGUGGGAAAGAAGCUGAGCCUACAUACACAAGCUCUGGCCAGGCCAUCGUUUGCCAAGGAGCCCCACGUCAAGGAGGUCUCCAGAGUGUUCCAGCUCCAACCAGACGGGAAGCUGGAGCAGACGCUUUCCAUGUCAACGGACAAGCAGCCAAUGACGCAGCAUCUGCACAUCACCUACAGUCGCUUGGCUUGAAGCAGAUUGGUUCUAAAAGGAACGCCGCCUUCUGUGUUGGUGCUAAACGAAAAAAAAAAA